UAACACAAGGAUUCUUCAACCCGCAGAUUCAACAGCCUCUCACGGACACCCAACAACAACAUUCUGCAAUCUACAGCAGUUGUUGCAGACACAAAACCUAAAGAAAGAAGCUUCAAGCUACGAAGAAGCUAAUUAAUUCAGCUUUAUACUCAUCAAAUAUGAAGAAAACACUUGCAGAACAAGUUAUGGGAAUUUCAAUCGCGUCAACUGCAUACCCUUUUAAGAGCUCACCGAGAAGAUUAUUACCUGAACCUGCAAGCCAAGACCUUGUUCCAUCUUCUGCAAAUAAAAGGGUGCUUAAGCUUGGGAAAAAAGCUAACAAAUUUGCCCUUGGAGUUCGAGAGCAUGUGAGAUUGGGACCAAAGAUCACUGAAAUUGUGAAAGCAAAGUUGAGCUUAGGUGCAAGAAUUCUUCAAGUAGGAGGAAUGAAUAAAGUGUUUAAGAAAUUAUUUAGUGUUGGAGAAGGAGAGAGAUUGUUAAAGACUUGCCAGUGUUAUUUAUCAACAACAGCUGGUCCUAUAGCAGGUCUCCUAUUUAUCUCCACUCACAAGGUUGCCUUCUGCAGUGAAAGAUCAAUUAAAUUCUCUUCUCCAAAUGGGGAAUUAAUUAGAGUCCAUUAUAAGGUGGUGAUACCAGUAAAUAAGAUAAAGAUAGUGAAUCAAAGUGAAAACGUGAAGAAGACAUCACAAAAGUACAUAGAGAUAGUGACAGUGGAUAAUUUCGAUUUCUGGUUUAUGGGUUUCCUAAAUUAUCAGAAAGCAUUAAAACAACUCCAACAGGCAAUUUCUCAAGCUCAAAUCAAGUGCUAGCACAUCUUGUGCCCUAUGUUUCAUCGAAUGUAAUUAAUAAGCGAAAGAAGGUCAACCUGACCAGUUGAUUGCAGAUAGUGUACAUAAUUUUGAUAGUGAAAAUGCUCAUUUCUUUAUCGUCAUUGUCUAUCUCGAAGAGAAACUUUACUUUGUAGUAGUGGUUAUUGAAUUGUAAUUCAACAACCACGUUAGACUGUAUCUCUCAUUGCCAUUUAAUGGAUCUCAUCUCCACCUUCUGGCGCAAUUUGUGGGUCA